AUGGAAAUAUUUGUGAACUUUUGUGUUUGUGAAUUUCCUGAAUUACAAAUACAGACACAGUGCUGGGAGCCUAUUGAUGUAUUUCCUUUUAACCAUCUAUUUUCUUUUUCUAAAAAUCAUCUCAGGUAUGUGGAGCCAAAGAAUGUAACAAGAAUCUCAGAAUUCUUCCUCCUGGGUCUUUCUGAGGAUGCAGAACUGCAGCCUCUCCUUUUUGGGCUCUUCCUAGUCAUGUACCUGAUCACUCUGCUUGGUAACCUGCUCAUCACCCUGGCCAUCAGUACCGACCCUCAUCUCCACACCCCCAUGUACUUCUUCCUCUCCAACCUGUCCUUGACUGACAUUGGUUUAAUCUCCACCACAGUACCAAAGAUGCUGGUGAACAUCCAGACACAGAGCAAAUCCAUCACCUAUGCAAGCUGCCUGGCACAAGUAUCUUUUUUAAAUCUCUUUGGAUGUCUGGACAGUCUUAUCCUGACAGUGAUGGCUUAUGACAGGUUUGUGGCCAUCUGUCACCCUCUACACUACACAGUCAUCAUGAACUUCCGCCUAUGUGGCUUGCUAGUUUUGGUAGCUUUUUUCAUCAGUCUUUUGGACUCCCAGUUACACAUUUCAAUGGUAUCACAGCUUACCUUCUGUACAGAUGUGGAAAUCCCUCAUUUCUUCUGCGAUCCCCCUCAACUCUUUAACCUGGCCUGUUCUGACACCUCCACUAAUAUCAUAUUAGUGUAUUGUAUUGGUGCCGUCUUUGCUGGUGUUCCAGCCACAGGGGUCCUUUUCUCUUAUAUUCGAAUUGUUUCUUCCAUCCUGAAAGUCUCAUCUUCCAGUGGGAAAUAUAAAGCCUUUUCCACCUGUGCUUCUCACCUGUCAGUCAUUUGCUUAUUUUAUGGUACAGGUAUUGGAGCGUAUCUCAGUUCAGUCGUCUCAUCUUCUGCCAGGAAGGGUGCAGUGACCUCGGUAAUGUACACUGUGGUCACCCCAAUGCUAAACCCCUAUAUCUACAGCCUGAGGAACAGGGACAUUAAGAGAGCGUUGCAGAAGUUCCUCAGCAGAAUAGCCUAA